AUGCUCGCUUUCACGCCCCACUUUUUUCGUGGCGCUACACCACAUAAACUGCGAUUGCACCUGCGGCGUCUCAGGGCCGUCAGUAAAGCGGCGCAGCAGGAGCUUUACAGGCGCCGUCGUCGGCUCCGCAGCGCUCAGCAGGAAUGCUCAGGCUCCUCUACGGCGUCCUCCUCGCCAUCGGCGUGCUCUGGCAUGCGUGCGGAAUGGCUUCCGAAGAAUGAUGCCUUGGAAAGCGCGAUUGCGUUGGCAAUAAGUGAGAACCGAGACGCAAGGACUGAGUUGGAGUUCACACGGCAUUUUUUGACAGGCUCGUACCUUUCCUUAGCGUCUCCUGUAGACAACUGGGACCCCUACGACACGAAGCCGCAGGUAUUUGCCUUUGACAAGUACGUUGCCCUCCCGGUGUUCACAUCCCUGGCGUAUUUGCGUCUUUUCUGUCGCCAGUUUCGGUUCACGGUGCGUGACCCCAGCGGGGUUUUGUGGGCCGAUGGUGCGGCGGAGGCGGAGAGGACUGGUAUGAUGGAUGACACAGUGCCGUUGCCGGAUGUGUCCAAGAGCGAGUGGUGGGAGAGACACGUGCAACAGCGCCUUCGUGCCACGGCGCUUGAGCCGAUGCGGCCGCCUGCCGAUGAGCAGGAAAUACGUGCGGUGGAGAGCACUGGUGGUGCGGCGGACACCUUCUGGCCGCAGGCGGUUGAUCUCUUUGGCUGCAUGGACGCCGCCCCGACGGAGGCCACGGGCACAAGUCAGCAGAAGGAGCAAGCACCCAAGCGCAAACAACGCGCAACUCGCGUUAGGCGUCGUCGGGAGAAGAUUUUUAGAAGUAGCGGACACAUCGGUAACAGGCGAGCCUGGGAGGGAGGAGGAAAAACGUCGCAGGAAGGAGACGCGGGGUUGGGUUAUGACGCUAUUAAGGCGGCAUUUUGGGACAAAGUACGCUCGACAGCCCCGUUCCGGAUCAAGCAGGUGACGCCUCUGCCUGUGUUUGGUCCGCUUUUGCGUCCUUUUUUUGUUGGCUACUUUGCCGAUGUUGAUACCCUACUGCACAACGCCUCCAUCGUGCCUGCAAAUGUGGAUAUUGUGCUUAACCCCACAUCUCCCAUUGAGUUUGUCCUCGCCCGCGAGGCGACGGAUUGUGUGCUUCACGGGGAUAAGCUGCUUCAUUUGGCCUACAGGCGGGUGGAGAAGGAGCUUCGCGGAGAAUUUCAUCGUUACUUCCGUCACUUCUCUCCUGAGGUGGUGUGGGCGCGAAGCGCCUGUGUUCCCUCCCCUGUGCCCGGAAAACUCGACGGUGUCAUGUACACAUUAGUUAUUCUGCUGCAAAGCGAUGACUUUCCACAGACGUACGCGGCUCUGCGUGCGGCAAAGCGUCACUGUCUUCUAAUGGGACAUUCAGACCUGGACGUGUUACCCUGGGAUGCGGCUGCGCCGCAUGUGCGGGAGGCGUCUUCGUUGUUUUACGAAAGGGAUGCGGCAACUGGUGAUACUUGUUGUGGGGUUCAGGGUGGUCUUGGCGUUUUUGAGCAAAAAGGUCCUGUACAGACGAUCAGCGUGGCACAGCCAGCAGAUAGUUUUUAUCAUGAUCCUACCGCUGCCUACACGGAGAGCCACGCCGUGUUUACUGAGGAGCUGAAGCUGAGGCGACGUGUACAGUAG